GGUAUGGAAGAAAACAGAGCUGUAUGCAGCAACCCCCUCCCCCUCAUCCGCCAACGCGCAACACUUAGCAUGCAUGGGAAAGAACCAAAAUAGAUGAAAAAAUGAAUUUAAAAAAAACCAAAAAAAAAAAGAUGAAAGAUGAAAAGAGGCCUUUCCUAAAAAAAAAAGGAAGAAAGAAACUAACGGUUUUGUGACUUGAUAUUCUAGAGGCAUCAUAGAUCCCAGAGGCACUACGCGAUGCCUCCCAGCAGUGCAACGAACAUUAACGGUGCUAUGCUGCUGUUGUCGAGCUGUCCAAGCCCAGAUCCCGUCCUCUCAAACCACCUAUACGCUCCAACGGCUGCUUAUCACACCUCAAUCAUGAGUCCUGUACAUACUUCCCAGAUAUCGGAUUACCUUUCUAGCUAUGGUGGCUACAACCACGCCCAUGUGCAUGCUCAUGCAAGCCAAAGCGCACAUCCAGCCCUAGACCCAGCCUUCUUUACCACUAGUGCUUCGUACCUGGACUCCCAACCCUAUAUCAACCAAAGCGCCUACUACGAUACAACCACCACCACCACCACCACUCACCACCCACGACAACCACCCAGAACAAGCAUAAGCUCCAAUCCUAGCACCACUACAGAGACCGCUGACCUCGGGCAUCUCGAUCUCGAUCUCGACCUCGACCUCGACAUGGAAAUGGAAAUGGCGAUGGAAAUGGAAAUGGACCUGGACCUGGACCUCUCCCGCGACCCUAAGGACCUCUCACAAUACGGCACCCAAACUACCGCCGGCACCUGGCGCUGCGCAUAUCCGGGGUGCUCGUCAACCGCGGUUUUCCGGCGUGGCUGCGACCUCCGCAAACACUACAACCGGCACCGCAAGUACCUGUUCUGUCGGUACGAAGGGUGUCCGCAGGCGGUGCACGGCGGGUUCUCAAGUAAAAAGGACCGAGACCGACACGAGGCAAAACAUAACCCGGAGAUUCCAUGCGAGUGGGAAGGUUGUAAUCGGGUGUUUAGCCGGGUAGACAAUAUGAAGGAUCACGUACGGAGAAUUCAUCGAAGAAGGGAGUGAUUCUCUCUCUCUCUUUUUUUUUUUUUUUUUUUUUUU